AUGAUGAUGCAAUAUGAUGUCUGGUUCCGAGAUCUAUGGGCUCUCCUCAUUAAUCAGCUUGGUAAUCCUGACUUUGCUCAGGAGAUGGAUUUCACACCCAAGCAGGUGGAUCUCAUCGCCAAAGACCCUAUGAUGCAUGACUCAACAUUCUGUCCAGCUAUUCUCAGUAGCAAUAAAACAACAGUCUCAUGUGCACAUUGUAAUGGUGUUGAAUUGCUCAUCUUUCUGUCCAUACCAAAGAUUGAGUCAUUCAUUUUCAGCCAUCAAAGUGACCUUGAUGGAGAAGCUGCUAGGUGGUUGCAUGUCCAUACCAUGGCAUGUUUUGAAGCUAUGUCUCCAAAGGAACUGUGGGACAACUAUGGGAUAGUAGAUGGGAUCCUGCCAUUCACACAUGGAUUUCCAUGCACUGAUAUUCAUGAGCUGCUCUCAUCUGACCUGUUACACCAGGUGAUUAAAGGGACAUUUAAAGAUCAUCUUGUUAUGUGGAUUGAAGAGUAUAUUGUCCAAGAGAAUGAUAAAAAGGAUGCAACUCGGAUAUUAGCUGAUAUUGACUGA